AUGGUUCGAGCAAUAAUGGAGCUUGUCGUCCAGCUGGACUGGGGUUUCGACGCUGGAUCUUCGUCCAUUGUCCCUGUGCCCUUCUUCGAUUGUCACCUCAGACCUGAGAGGCGCGACGACCAGUCCAGACCGCCACUGUCAGUCGCUGCAAGCAGGACCGUCACCACCACCACGGUAGAGCUGAUCUACUUUACCGAGGAGGGGGCGGACAAGCACAACGCCAACGUCCACGCGACCAGCAGCAGACCAGAUGAAAGAGUGGCCGUGUCUUGGUCCUUAGACUCCACGACUCCUAGCGACGAUGAUGGACCAAGACGACAUCGGCAGACUGCGCCGGCCAGACCCCCGCCAUGCGCCCAAAAGGCCAAAUCAAGUUAG